UCAUUAGAGGAGAAUAUACGGUCGUUAGAAUUCCUCAUUAGAGGAGAAUAUACGAUCGUUAGAACUCCGCUCACGAAGCCACUAACCCUCAUCUCUCCCCUCAGGUUGGACUUGAGAGAAGGCGGAGAGAAGGAGGAGUUCGUGGACCCGGCCAUGGAAGGUAGGGUCAGGUCGGACGUUAAGGCUGCCUACUUGACCCUUGACCCCCUGCAAGGUCACGACUCCGGAAGGUACAGGUGCCGGGUGGAUUUCAAGGUCUCCCCGACCUUGUUCGCGCUGGUAAACCUUACCGUCUAUGUUGUCCCGUCUCGCCUGGUGGUGUUGGACCAACACAGCCGGCCAGUUCCAUCCGGCCUCCUGGGUCCCCUUACAGAGGGCGAUCCCCUCACCCUUCUCUGCGUCGCCACAGGAGGUCGGCCGGCGCCGGAAGUGACGUGGUGGCGCGGGACAACUCUCCUGAGCAACAGCAGUAGCAGCAGCAGCCACAUCCUGAGCCACAACGGGUCCCCCAGCCGGCCGGCACCCGCCAACGCUAUCAAUUCCUCGCCUGCGGGCGUGGGCGCGGAGAUGGGCGUGGGCGUGCGGCAGGUGAGGGCGGAGGUGAGCAUCCCGGCCCUCACCAGGGACUACCUACACGCCAACCUCACCUGUCGCGCCAACAAUAACAAUAUAACUGAACCGCUGUCCACCUCCCUCGCCAUACUGCUUUUCCUGCGGCCCAAGACGGUGGAGAUCAGCACGCCGGAGGCGCCGCUGGUGGCGGGGCAGCAGGCGAGGCUGGAGUGUGUAGCGGUGGGCGCCUAUCCUGCAGCGUCUCUGGUCUGGACCCUCACCCCCGCCCACGGCGCCCACACUACUACCCUGCCCUCCUCCUGGCGGCAGGUGGGCGAGAAGACAUCGUCGUGGGUGCGGGUCGUACCAGCUGCCGAAGACCACCUGGCUACAGCCACCUGCUCCGCCCACAACCCCAACAUCACCACCACCCUCCACCCGGGCCUCACCACCUCAACCACCUUACACGUCCUCUUCGCGCCGGUGGUCAAGCUGGAGCUGGGUGCCAACCUCGGGUCGCUGCCCAUCACCGAAGGCAAGGACGUCUACUUCGAGUGUGAGGUCGCCUCCAACCCUCCAGCCAGAGAGGUCAUCUGGAGGAAGGACGGAGUCCGCGUGAAGAACGACCGCAAGUCCGGGGUGCUGGUGUCUGAGAGGAACCUGGUGCUGCAGAUGGUACGGAGGACCUCCGCCGGCAACUACACCUGCAGCGCCACCAACACCCAGGCCACCACCACCAGCAACACCCUCUACCUCGGUAUAAGGUACUUGCCGGUGUGUGUGGGGGAGGCGCAGACGGUAGCCGUGGCGGAGGGGGAGAAGACCCGCCUCUCGUGCACCGUGGACGCCCAGCCUGAGGACGACCUCGCCUUCACUUGGGUCUUCAACAAUACUCUCGACACCGUGGAGGUCGAGGACGACUCCUUCGCCGUGCUCCCAGGCCUUAGCAUCCUCGAUUAUACCCCAAGGUCAGGACGGGACUACGGGACACUCUCCUGCUGGGCCACCAAUGAGGUGGGGACCCAGGCUGACCCUUGCAAGUUUACCGUCGUCGAAGCUGGGCCCCCAGAGCCAGUGGGGAACUGUGUGCUGGUGAACCUGACGCUAGGGAGCCUGGAGGUGGGCUGCACUCCGGGUAACGACGGAGGGCUGCCGCAGCGGUUCGUGGCCCGCGUGUACGCCUCCCCGACCCACACCCUCCUGGCUACUAUGGAAGAGGACGCCCCCAGGUUCCAGGUGGGAGGGUUGACCCCGGGUCAGGACUACCUCAUCACCAUCACCGCCGUCAACGCCAAGGGCGCCAGCCCGCCUGAGGAGAUCGAUGCGGUGCGCCUCAAGGUGGCGGAGAAGCGGAUGGGGGAGGUGGCGGGGCCGCCCGUGUCCCCGUUGGUGGGCGUGUUCCUGGGGCUGGUGGGCGCCUUCCUCCUGCUGCUGAUGCUGGUCGUCGUCCUCACCCGGGCCAGGUCCAACAGAUGCAGGUGCUGGAGCAGCCGAGGUGAUGGUGAAGGUAUAGUGACCUCCGGCACCUCACCCCAGCCCCCCACCACCACCACGCCCACCUCUGUCCACGCCCACGUCAUCAGCCACGCCCACACCAGGAGCCUUCACGACGACAACUGCAGCGAGAGAGCAGCACCCGAUGUACUCAGGACAAUUAAUGAAACAGCUGAACUUUUGGACACCCAGAUAUGUCCUGAGAUAAUACCAGCCCGUGUCCCACCACCGCCUUAUUCACGCUCUCAGACGGUACCGGAGGAGUCGCUGCAGAUGGCGCCACUGGUCCCCACUACUACCUCGACUGCUAGUGUUGGGGCGGCAGGACUGGCCCUCUACCGGGACACGGGCAGCCCGCUCCACCUCCUUCAUGACGAGAGCUUCGUGUAGGCGCGGCCCUCCUCCCCUCCUCUGCCCUCACGCCCACCUCCCCACCCGCCACUGUUUUAUACAGGAUGAAGACGGACCGAGGCGCUGAGGGGGGAGGAGGUGGAGUGUGCGGCGUUGGAAGCGCGUGUGCGCACCUGUACAGGAUGACGGUGACGGAGGAGGUGACGACAAGUGUCCAGACGGGCAGGUGUUGGGCCUCCUGGCGGGUAGGUGGGUGGCCGCCCGCCCCGGCCCGCCCCACGCCACCCAUGCACACACACACGACCGCCUCGCUCUCUCUACCACCUGUGUCGCUCCUGAUGUGUCCAGCAGGCUGGCCAAGUGGGAACGCUGCCGUGUACCACCUCGCAAGAUGGGAAGGCGGCUAACAAAAAUCUGCCAAUUUGAAAGCAGAAAGAAAUGUAUAUUGUCAAGUUAAGUCAUAAAAAUACUGUAUCAACACCACUAAAGCUGAAAGGUCGGUAGGGUGAAGGGGCCACCGAAUAUACCAGAUGAUUUAACAAAUUUAUUUUUAUCAGGUUCAGAAGAUCUGUGUAACACGGUUAGAGGCGGGGGGGGGUAAUAGGCAUGUGUACUGAUGGCCGUGUACACUGCUCUGUAUUUAGAGGUGUACAUGUGGUUACUUCCUUGUGUGGUACAGUAAUAAGACGUUGACCAAGAUCCGGCUAUAGGGAGUUUCAAGACAAACUCCCUCCCAGGACUGGACAAGAAUUGUUGUAAGUGAACCAACAGGGGCUGAACUGAGCUAACAGAAGCUACAAACAAAAUUACACCAAAAAAUACCAGGAGCCUUGAUGAGAUAUUGUGGAAGAUGUAUAGCAAGGAGACAAAAAGGAAGAAAGGAGGAAGGAGGUGUAGACGACGCCUGGCAGUCAACACAACUGUGAUAAGGCACCGUCCAUGCCAUACCUGUUGCCCCUCACCCCCCCCCCUCAUCUAGCUUUUGUUUUAUUUAGUAAUGAUGACACAGCCGAAGGCACUGUUGGCAGCUGAUUCCCAGUAGCGAGUCAAGAGGGGUGACCAAACAGAAUCCAAAUUUAUUUUAUUUUAUUUUUAUUUUAUUUUUUAUUUAUAUAUAUACAAGAAGGUACAUUGGGAUUGUGAGGAUACAUAGCAUAGUAAUUACAAUCUUGUAAAGCGGUAACUUUAUUCGUAACUGAUGCAAAUCAUUGUAAUAUUGGCUUUACCACCACCAUUACACAUUUCGUUGUGUACAUACAUUUCCAAAUGUCCAGUGUUGUAGUCUUGUACUUAAUGAACAUGUUGUAAAUGGCUCAGUAAAAGGUAAUAAUGCUAGCAUUAUGGA